ACGGAGCCGUAACCGUCAAGACCCUCGACAUCAAGUCGUACAGUGAGAUGGUCCCAGGGAAGCUGUCGUUCGAAGUAUGGGGCUUGAAGGGUGAGGAGAGUGGAGGAGCCAUAAUGAUCUUCGCAAACAUGAAGGUGCCAGAGAAGGUUACGACCUUGAACCAGGUGUGGCAGGUGGGGCCCUCCGUCACAGCUGGGAGAUUUGACAAGCACGACUUCGCUCCGGAGAAUCUCAAUUCCAAGGGGAUGCUCAACUUGAUUGGAGACCACAAUGUUAGUGGUGGUGCAGUGGACUCUAGAACCAAGAAGAAGAAUAUUCAUGGAGUGCUGAACUCUGUGAGUUGGGGUGUCCUGUUUCCCCUUGGAGCAGUGAUAGCAAGGUAUAUGAGAACGUACCCAUCCGCAGAUCCAGCUUGGUUCUAUCUUCAUGCUGGCUGCCAGGUAUCUGCUUAUGCAAUUGGUGUUGCUGGCUGGGCAACUGGUCUUAAACUUGGAAGCGAAUCAGCAGGGGUUGUCUACAGUGUUCAUCGCAAUAUUGGAAUUACCCUCUUUUGUCUUUCCGCUAUACAGAUGUUCGCAUUGUUCAUAAGGCCAAAGAAGGAUCAUAAAUAUAGAUACUUUUGGAAUAUCUAUCACCACAGCUUUGGUUACACUAUAAUCAUCCUGGGCAUUAUCAACAUAUUCAGGGGCUUUGACAUCUUGAAUCCUGAAAGGAAAUGGAAAUCAACUUACAUUGUAGUGAUUGCUUCAUUGGGUGCAGUCGCGUUAUUGUUGGAGGUGAUCACCUGGAUUGUUGUCGUGAAGAGAAAGUCUAGCACCAAACCAUAUGACGGAUACAAUGGACAAAGCAGGCAACAACCCUUAAACAUGUGAAUGAUCAAGUCACUUGUAUAUUUUAGGUUUAAGGAAUGUUAGGGACCAGCAGAAUGUGCGAUGUGUAGUCAUCAAUUAGCCAUUAUCAAUAUUUUUAAUAGUGUGAAAUGACAUCUAAUGGUAUAAGAUUAUUCAUUUUUCUUUUGAUGGUUAAGUAAUGGU